CCGAAUCCGAGUCAAAACAACGAUGAACAUUUACGUAAGGAGGGUCCUGUCGUCACUCCGGCAAUAUGAGCCAAUAUUCUCAAGGAGCAAUCCACAGACCCUGCAGAGAUGUGGGGUGAAGGAAAGUCUUCUCCUAAGGUUCGCCUCGACGGGCAAGACAGUUAAAUCACCUACGAAAUCCAACGCCAUGAAGAGAUACGGAAAGCUACUCGCGGUAGGGUUUAGUGUGGGAGCCAUAGGAGGGGCGGCCUACAUGUACGAAAUCUACAAGAAGAUCGUGACUCCCCUGGCCAACCCCUCUGAGGGCAGCGAGUACCUUCUCAAGGAGAAGCCGCCCACCUUCAAGGCAGCGAGAACGAUUCGAACUCCAACAGACACAACUGGCUUGAAGAUAACCUUGUUCCAGUAUCAGACCUGCCCAUUCUGUUGCAAAGUCCGAGCUUUUCUUGAUUAUUAUGGCUUUAACUAUGAUGUUAUUGAAGUUAAUUCAGUGACUCGGGCACAGACACGAUGGACAGAUUAUAGGAAGGUUCCCUUCCUUGUUGUAGCAUUACCAAAUUCUGAUAAGGUUCUGCAACUUAAGGACAGUUCAAUGAUUGUAUCUGUUAUGCAGUCAUUCCUAGAUAACAAAACAGAGAAUUUAGAAGAUCUAGUCAAAUGCUACCCAACAAUAGAGUUUACUGAUGAUGAGGGAGAGAAGCGCUUAGAGAUUAUGAAUCGUUAUUUCCUGAUGUAUGGGAAGCAUCCACCCGGACGUUCCAAAGAUGACAUUGUAGAAGAGAGGAAAUGGAGAAAAUGGGUUGAUGAUGUUUUAGUCCAUGUACUGUCACCAAAUGUGUACCGUACUCCACAAGAAUCAUUCCAGGCUUUUCAGUGGUUCUCAAAGGCUGGAUCCUGGGAAGAACAUUUUGAAACAUGGGAACGAUUGCUAGUCCUGUAUGUGGGAUCCAUUGCAAUGUUUUUAAUUGGCAAAAACCUGAAGAGACGGCACCAGAUUAAAGAUGAUGUUAGAGCAUCAUUUUAUGACGAUGUCAAUGUGUGGCUCAAGGCCCUUAAGAAGAAAGGAACGAAAUUCAUGGGUGGAGAUGAGCCAAAUCUCUCAGACUUAAGUGUGUUCGGUGUUCUGACUGCUGUCGAAGGGUGCGAUGCAUUCCAAGACGUUAAGAGUAACACCAAAAUAACACCUUGGUUUGAGCAAAUGAAGGAGGUUGUGUCUCAGCAUGGAGGAGCCAAGUUCACCAUGGAGAGAGGAAAUUUGUUACAAAAUUAAAGGAUUUCUAGGCUUACAAAAAUGUUAAUAUCAGGGAGAUUCCAAAAUUUUUAGUGAAAUUCUUGUAGAUUCAGUGUUCUUAUUAACAGUUUUGGUUUGGGAUAAAAUCUUGCUAAAUUGAUGUUGGUGUAGACUUUUGAAAGUAAUGAUAGUUCGACUGCCUAGUUGUGGGAUUGGAAAUUUGUCAGGAUUAAUGGUUCCUUUAGCGUAUUGAUUCAGCUUUAUCUGCAGUUAGAUUGAAAAGAUAAUUAUUUACAAUAUUUAAGAGAAUUGACUAAGAGUUGUUGCAUUUCUUUUUCUCCUCAUAAAUUUCAGUGUUUCCAGAUCUAUAAAAUCUUUAAAACAUUAAUUUACAUGUUAACUUGAAAACAGACUUUGCUAGCAGCCAUGUAUGAUUUGUACAGUGUAUCAUAUUGGGAUGUUGUAAAUAUAAAAAUACUAUUUAUAAAAUGUUCUUCUUAAUAAUCCUUCUCUGCUUAGAACUUAAAGAAUUUGUGGUGUCUCAUUUAUAACAAGGUUGAUAUACACCAACAUAAUUUUAGGGGUAGGUGUAAAUCUGUAGAUACCUAGAAGUAGGAUGAUUAAGAAAAGAUAAUUAUUGUAUUAUACUUUUAUUCAUAAUGAACAGUGAAUAAUUUAACAAACAUAUAUUAUAAAUGCAAACAGAUUUUAAUAGGUUCACUUAUGUAGAGACAAAAGAAAAUUAUAUUUACAUUUCAGAGAGAUUCAGUAAUCUUUAAUUUGUAAGCCUUUGUAGAGUAAAAGCCUCUCCAAAUGAUCCAGCUGGCACAAGCAAGCAGUUUGCUUACUGAUAGGGUAUCUGCUUGUGCACACAAACCAGCAAAGUACCUGUACUGACUGUUGUUCAGAAUCACCAGACACUGACUGGUAGUUUGUCCAUUUAAUGUGUAAUAAAUUUUUAUUAUUGUA